AGCCCUCUUCACCCUGACUCACACUCCCUCACUCACUCACACUCACUCCAUCCCCACAGUCUGGCACAUGUACACGUGGACCAUGUUAUUUCCUCCCCAUUCCCACCUUCCCACUCUCACACACUCUCAUUAAAACCCACUCACACGGUUUAACUUUUCCUGUGGACACAAUCCGCAGUGAUGGAGAGGAGGAACAUGGACAACAGCCUUCGUCGCUUGAGGCAGGAAUUGCAAUCUAUGAAAGAAGCUGGUGACGGGCUACAGCAGCAGAUGAACUGUAUGAUGGGAGCUCUGCAGGAACUUAAACUUCUCCAGGUCCAGACAGCUUUAGAGCAGCUGGAAAUCUCAAACAACCAGAGCCAGACCCAGAGCCAGAGCCAGAGCCAGGCUCCAUCCAUCAUCACCCAACACCAACCAUCCAGCAAUGGAAGAGACCAACAAGAGCCCAAGAGGAGCCCGGGGAUGGGAGCCAAGCUGGAGAGGCAAGGCUGGAAACCCAGGAACAUAAUCGGUCACUCCAACACCCACUUGACCAACACAGGAGGUCCUCAGACUAUCAGUGAAUGGUUAGGAGAGUAUUUCAAGCAAUCAUCGUCUCGGGAGGUCCAACCUUUAGUAACUCCCCCGGCCUCACAGGAUUAUAUAAUUCCUCCAAGAGAUAAACUAUCUCCAUCCGAGGGGGACUUGGGCAGAGAACCGCAGGCUCGUGUUCCCACCUCCGCAACUCGGAGCUUCCCAGUGGAGAGCGGUCUGAGGAUCAGGUCAACCCAAGGUCAGGAGGAGGACUCCAAUGACUGGACUUCUUCUCUGCUGUCCCAAAGCAGAACCAGACAGCCACUGAUCCUGGGGGACAAUGUCUUCGCUGACUUGGUCGGCAACUGGUUGGACUUGCCCGAGAUGGAGAAGAGACAUCCUUCCUCUUCCCAGCAAGGAGGAGGAGGAGGAGGGGGUGUUGGUGGGAGAGCAGGACAAGCCAACACUGUCCCGGCCCUCAGCAGGUCCCAGGAUCUGCAGAAGAAGCUCAGUCUGACCACUAACAUCUUCAAGAAGCUCUUGAGGAGCGUCAGGUCAGAUAAGGACAAGCUGUUGAAGGACAAGCGGGAGGAGGGAGGAACCGUCAUCACCAAACGUUCCAAGAAGGCUUCCGUCCCCAAAAUGACUUUCUACUUUGCCCUGAGGGGGGGCAGCGCUCAGCCAGGCCGGGGGGCUGAGAUCCUCGGCUGCGGCAGGACGUCAGGACCAGACCAGAAACUUCAGCCCAUCGAGUGCGCAGACAAAUUGAUGUCGCCCAUUGAUGUCAAACGUUCUUCCUUUGACUACAGCACUGUGGUCUGGGUGUGACAGUCACAGGCAAAGGCUCAAACUCUUUUUUUUUAUGCACUUAAUUUCUCUUUCAUUGUCCAGUGACUCCCUCCCCUCUCUCCCCACUCCACACACUUCCCCUCCCCUCCGCACACAC